AUGCCGUGGACGAUUCUUUGGACGGCGGUAGCACCGGUCCUCUGUGUAUUACUAUCACUCGGCACACCGGCCUCGGCUUUGAGUACCCACUCUGAACGCCUAGCUGCAGCUCUGAAUGCCCCGGGUGCGUUCCAGUCGCAGCUCAAACCAUGUCCAGCGCCGUGUGCUAGCCACGAGCCCCAGCACUGGACUGUCUAUGCUUCCUUUGACCGGCUCUCCUUCUGCCAUGAGCCAAUUCUUUUCGAUAUCGCCAUUCACACUCCUGUGAAUGACUUUUCUAAGACGCUAAAGUUUCGCGCCUGCACCACAGGUGAUGGCUGGGAUGAGUCCAGGAAUGCCGGUACAAUUAGUGGAACGGUCUAUGCGGGCCCCUCCGUUCGGGAGUCCAAGGUGACGCUACAGGUUGCACAACAGAAAUCUGCAGGAGCAGCUGAAGGCACCAGUGAGGAUGUAAUCACCGUGCUCACGCAGGUUCAGGCAUACCUCCACGCAGGGAUGGACUGCACCAAGAAUAUUAUGCUGGGUUACUACAAGGGGGUGGUUGUCGGCGUGUAUGCCGGCCAGGCAUUGGGUAAAGCUACAGCUUCAUCUGUGAUGGGCCAGGUCCUCUCCAAGUUCAAGGGAGCGGCUCCCGCGACCACGCUUACACAGCUCUGCGGUGAUCAGCGUGACGCAGACCAUGUCUUUGGUAUUGCCACUUCAACCGUAGCGGACCUUUCUGCUGUGCAGGCCGCACUGGUAUCAUGGAGUCAAGGGAAAUGUGAGAGCGGACUCGGCGACGCGACCUCACUCCCGAAUGUCAGUAUCUGGGAGGUACCGCAACAUCCAGUCGGAAGGAACAAUACCACAACUUCAGAUCCUACCGGUCAGGAACUUGAUGCGCCCCUCCUCGCUCGCACAGCCAAAUACUGCAAAAAAAGGACGGUUGUCUCGGGUGACAUCUGCCAGUCUCUAGCCAAGGCGUGCGGUAUCACCCUCGACCAGUUCUACAAGUACAACUCCAAGGAAAUGUGUUCGAACCUGAAGAUUGGCUCGAGUGUCUGCUGCACCGACGGGUUCCUGAAGCCACAGCCUUACGAUAACGGCACCUGCUAUACAUACACGACACAGACCGGUGAUACAUGCUACGAUAUCGGCCUUGCCUGGAGUCUGACGGCCAAAGACCUUGGGAAAUUUAACGAUGGCACCACAUGGGGCUGGAACGGCUGCGACAACCUGGGUCACAGUCAGAACAUAUGUCUCAGCUCGGGACACCCCCCGAUCCCGGCCGUUCUGCCCAACGCUAUCUGUGGGCCGCAAGUGCCCGGCACGAUCUUGGACAGCCCUUUCACCAACGCCUCGGAAUUUGCCUUGCUGAACCCGUGCCCACUGAACUCGUGCUGCAACAUCUGGGGCCAGUGCGGGAUUGACUCAAGCUUUUGCACCCUGUCCACCGGCCCCACGCGGAAUCCGGGCACAUCGAAGCCGGGAAUAUACGGCUGCAUCUCGAACUGUGGUACCGGCAUUGUUAAUAAUCAUGACGGUCCUUCGGGUGGCUACCAGCGCGUGGGCUACUAUGAGGCGUUCAACUGGGACCGUAAAUGUCUGCACAUGCGUGCACAGUGGUCCAACACACUUGACUACACCCACAUGCACUGGGCGUUUGGUUCUAUUGGUGAGGACCUGUCUGUAUACGUUAAUGACUCGCACAGCCAGUGGUCCGGCUUUAUGGAUCUGAAAGACGUAAAGAAGAUAGUUUCCUUUGGGGGAUGGGGUUUCUCGACGGAUGUGUCAACCUACGACAUCCUUCGCAAAGCCAUGGCCCCUGACAAUCGCCACAAGUUCAUCUCCAACCUCGUUGCCUUUGCCAAUAGAACGGGUAUAGACGGAAUCGACAUUGACUGGGAGUAUCCUGGGGCGCCUGAUAUCCCCGGAAUCCCCCCUGGCCUCAAUACAGAUGCUCCCAACUACCUAGCGACGCUCAAGGCACUACGACAGGAGCUACCAGACAAAUAUUCCAUUUCCAUUGCCGCUCCAGCUUCAUACUGGUAUCUCAAAGCGUUCCCCAUUAGCGAUAUUGCGAAAAUUGUCGACUACAUUGUUUACAUGGCUUACGAUCUACAUGGCCAGUGGGAUUAUGGCAACAUGUACACGCAGUCAGGAUGCAAAAGUGGCAACUGUCUUCGCAGUCAUGUUAAUCAGACUGAAGUGCUUCUGGCACUUGCUAUGAUUACCAAAGCAGGUGUGCAUUCUAACAAGAUAAUGGUGGGUGAGUCGAGUUACGGAAGAUCCUUCAAGAUGGCCAAACAGGGUUGCACAGGACCAGACUGCUUUUUCACUGGCACAAAUGAGACCUCCAAUGCGAAGCCAGGUCGAUGCACCGGUACCGGGGGCUAUAUCUCGAACGCGGAAAUCAAGGAGAUUAUUUCGCAUGGCGGUGAAUCGGUCAAGACCUGGUACGACAAGGACACGGCCUCUGACUACGUAGUCUAUGAGAAUGAUCAAUGGGUAGCUUACAUGAGUUAUAACACCAAGCAGGCGCGAAGGGACACAUGGAAGAAACUUAAUUUCCUGGGGACGAUUGACUGGGCGGUUGAUCUCCAAGACUUCAAUGUGGCUGACACCGUCGGUCCUACGGGAGACUACAACAAGUCGUCGUGCAUCAAUGUCUUCGACAACAUGAUCUGGAACUGGGUCAACCCGGUCAUUGAUGCCCCCGUCGGGUGCACAAAUCUUAUCCAAGCGUCCCCAUUGGCGACAACGGUGACCCGCACGGCAUACACCACGAUCACGCUGGUGUCCGGGGGCACCGUCAGCACUACCAUUGUGUCUACUGCCUUCCUCGUUUCUGAGGUCGAUUACCAGCCGUUUACGAUCGCCUCCUCGGAUACGGAGAAUGGGACCAUCAUCACAUACAAUCCCAUCCCGCGUGUGACGCCGAGCCCCAUGGGGAUUCAGGUGCCGAAAGGGUGGGCGAUCACUUCGCCCGACGGCGAGGUGGAUGGUCCGUCCACCACCACAGACUUGGUUGGUCUUCCCACCACCACCACCACCACCACCACCACCACCACCGAUGCAGGAGGGUUCAUAGUCUACAUUACAUGGCAGCCCACGGUAAGCUACAGCCUGCCAUCAUUCGUCACACCCAAAAUCCCUGCACCCACCAUCCCUGACGACGACAACUCUCCCACCCCCAUACCUGAUCCAGGAGUAACCGACUGUAUCGGUGAUGCCUGCACUAAGGGGCCUGAUUGCACCGACAGCGACUGUACACGCGGUGGAGACUGUACCGGCCCCGGCUGUACCCGCGGCGGCGACUGCACCGGUCCAAAGUGCGUCCGGGGCGGAGUAUGUACAGGCCACAACUGCGAGGAAGGGGGUCGCUGCUCAAGCGAUCACUGCGUCUCGGGUGGUGGGUGCUCGGGUGCCAAAUGCAACAAGGGGGGCGGAUGCUCAGGUGCCAAAUGCAACAAGGGUGGCGGCUGUGUGAAAACCUUACUGAAUAAUUGCAGCCCGGGACCCUGCGUCGGUCCGUCUUGCAUUGAUAUGAGCUGUCCGUGGUGCGACAACGGUAUUACCAUCACGGUUCAGCCUGGGGGGAAUCCUGCGCCUACACCCAGGCCUACCUGUCUGAACAACUGCCCGACAUUACCUUCCUGCGCGGGCGGCGCCACAUCGUGCAACGAGCCGUGCAACAUCAAUCGCUGCCCCGCGAACAGCAUGCCGACCGGAAAGGCCUGCACGAGCUUCACCACUGCCAGUGACUGCACGGUAAUUAUCAGCAGCACGGCAGUCCAUACCACCCCGACGAGGAGCUUCUCGACCACCACGCGAACUCGUUGCGAGACGGUGAUCGACUGCGACGUGCAAGAUAUGACAGUCACAACCACCAUCACCACCAGCGAGGUCCCGGACGCAAUUGCCUCCCCAACGGGGAUAUACGACUACGAGAACGACUCUCACUAUAAUCAGGCUGUGUUUGCAGCCGUUGCAUCCGACUACGAUGAGUGGGAAAGGACCGCAGACACCACCACGACCACGACCACGACUACGACAACCAGUAGCACACCUACGACUACCACUUCAACCUCAAGUCCUAACCCUAACUACCCGAAUGAGUUCAUGAUAUUGAAGUACGAGGUUCACACGGUAUACUUUGAUUUGAGUGAGAAGCACUCCUACUCUUGGUCCGGUGACUACUACGCCUACAAUCAGGAUUCGACAACCGAGAACGUAUGCACCAACUCCUACCGUGUAACUGGCCCUAUCGACGCGGGCGCUAGUGAUGAUUAUCCUGCAUCACUGGGUACUUUUGAUCUCCCUGCACAGUACACGGGCUGCAAGUACUCCGGAAGUACCGACUCUGUAGGGUCGGUUACAUGCGGCUCAAAAACCUUCUCGUGCAGCAAAUUCCAAGAUUAUGACGGGAAAACCGCCACGUUUGAUUGCGCCAGUGUCAUGAGGGUCACAGGUCCCGUACCAAUCGCGGCGUUCAUGCGUCAGGUAUUGACUUCCCCAGAUGGCGGAUAUUAUACAACUCGAGGGGAGGGCGGAGGUGUCUUCGGCAAAAAUGGUGAUUUCGUAACGUCGCCCGAGAUCUCGCAAGUCUUUGGAGAGUUGAUCGGUAUAUGGACUAUCGCGGAGUGGAUGGCGCAGGGGCGGACAAAGAGUGGUGUUCAGCUGAUGGAGGUUGGUCCAGGAAAAGGAACUUUGAUGGAUGAUAUGCUACGGACUUUCCGAAACUUCAAGAGCUUUUCUUCGAGUGUUGAAGCUAUUUACCUUGUGGAAGCUAGUGGAACUCUCCGAGAAGUGCAGAAGCGGUUGCUGUGCGGCGAGAAGGCUGUGAUGGAGGAGACAGAUAUCGGCCAUCGGAGUGUGUGCAAGUACUUCGAUGUACCCAUCGUCUGGGUGGAGGAUAUUCGUCUUCUACCGCAUGAGGAAGGCAAGACACCCUUCAUCUUCGCACAUGAAUUCUUCGACGCGCUUCCAAUUCACGCAUUCGAAUCUGUUCCACCAUCACCAGAGAACCAGAUUGCCAACGAGCCAAGGAAGAUCAUGACUCCCACUGGCCCAGUAGAACUACAUAAUCCGCCCAAACACGCAAACACCCCGCAAUGGCGUGAGCUAAUGGUGACAUUAAAUCCAAAAGCCGUGGAAGAGAACAUAAAAGGAGAGCCCGAGUUUCAAUUAACCAAAGCCAAAGCUUCCACGCCGUCAUCGCUAGUGAUCCCGGAGAUCUCCCAGCGUUACCGAGCACUCAAGUCGCAGCCAGGCGCGACCAUCGAGAUCAGCCCCGAGAGCCGAAUCUAUGCUGCAGACUUUGCGCGCCGGAUCGGUGGUGACUCUGCUUCUGCGCUUGCUGCUAAAAAGACCUCUCCCUCUAGCCCACCGCCGUCAUCUCAGAAAAAGACUCCAUCUGGCGCAGCCCUGAUCAUGGACUACGGGACAUUGUCAACCAUUCCCAUCAACUCGCUGCGCGGAAUCAAAAGCCACAAGAAGGUGCCACCACUCUCGGAACCGGGGCGUGUGGAUGUCAGCGCGGAUGUGGAUUUCACUUCGCUGGCUGAAGCGGCCAUCGAAGGCAGCGACGGCGUCGAGGUUCACGGUCCUGUUGAACAGGGUGAUUUCCUCGCAGCCAUGGGUAUUGAGGAGCGCAUGCAGCAGUUGCUCCGUAAGGUGCAAGAUGAAGAACACAAAAAGACACUAGAGACCGCCUGGAAGCGAUUGGUUGAGAAGAGCGGCGGAUCAAUGGGACAGAUCUAUAAGGUCAUGGCCAUUAUACCUGAAAAUGGAGGGCAGAGACGGCCUGUUGGUUUUGGAGGCGGCAUUCAGAUGUAA